AGGAGAAAAUUCCAGGCAACAAUAGGGCGGAGCAUGCCAGCAAGUCAUUUUCACAUGUUGCCUGAGUGGCGAAGCGAUACCAACCGUUAGGUGAGCAGGAGUUGCAGCGUUGUACAAGUUGGAUGUUAUAGACAUUGGUCUUGCGCACUGAGACCCCAUGGCUUUACGAAUCAUCUUUUUCCAUGGCUUGGAGUCUGGGUGCGGUGGAAGAAAGCACAGAUUCUUACAAGAGCACUAUGAUGAUGUGGUAUGCGUUGACAUGCACAUGUCGCUUUUGAGCCUGGGGAAGCGCAACAGCAUCCUUCGAAACUUGGUCAAGAACGCCUUGAUGACCAAGCCCUGGAACUUGUAUAGCUGGAGUGUGCAGUGCUCCUUGGAUGGUUGCCUUCAGUGUCAAGAAUCUGAGCUCUUCCGGACACAAUCUUCUAAGGGGGUUCUCAUUGGGAGUUCUUGGGGAGGUGCUGUGGCCUGCCUAGCCAUUGCAAAGGGACUCUGGAAAGGACCUGCGAUCCUCAUAGCCCCUGCCUACAAACUUGCAGUUGGCAAAAGAGGGGGGUAUGAUCCAACUUACAGCCCACUUGCUAUCUAUGCUGCCAUGGCCAAACAGCUUGCAUCAGAUGACUAUGUCGGACAGGUCAUCAUUGUUCAUGGCACCAUGGAUGAUACGGUGCCCAUUUCCGACAGUAGAGAGAUGGCGAGCGUGAUCGGUGUGGAGGUGCAAGAAGUCGAGGGAGGAGAUCAUCGCAUGAGGUGUUUGCUUGAGGGGGAGACUCCGGAAUUGAUAUCAUUGAUCAACCGCGCGCAGACAACAGGCAACCCACCUGAGAGAUGACCUCACGCAGAGCCUCAAGAGAUGACCCGCAGUGCUCAUUGUGAGAGUGCAGUUC